GAACUUCGCGUGAAUUCAACUGCGCCAUAUUAUCCAUAUUGCUGAGCGCUUAUUACAAUUCGCUUCUAAUCUUUCAUAACCACUAAGCGUUUCAACUACACUGACUGUGAAUAGCCAUUCUCUUUGUUUACCGCCGACGCCUUGUUCAUCGAUGGACGAGUUAUCGACAGCAUUCCCUAGGACGGAAUCUCCAUUAUCGCCGCGCGCUCGUCCGCGCAAGAUUACGACGUCCUUUUCUUCCCAGACUUCCGCACCGCCAGGCCGACAAGGUCCAGCACGCCUCAGAACACCUGUUUCCUACCCCCACCUUUCUCCUGCUAGCAUUAUCAGCAACGGGUCACCGUCAGAGAUCCUUGCGCCAGUCCCAGUCAAACACCACAACCUCGCUGCAUCGGAGAGCUCACACUGGCUCGGCUCUCCGACGCUCUCUGUCUCGUCUUCGCGUCCCAUCUCCCCCAUGUCGCUCGGUGGGACGAGCGGUGAUCCACCCGUACUUGCUCGCCGCCGGCGGCUCUCAUAUCAGCUCAGCUUCUCGUCACUCAUGGAGAUGGAACUUGGCGCGCAUCCACUACGCGCAGAACGCACGCACAAGUCCGACCCUGAACGCGACAGUGGAGAAGGGAUGGGCAGGCGAUGGGUGCGUUGGAUGCACAAACACGGCGCGAAGCGCUGGGUCGUGCCAUGCGCCGUCCUCAUGUCGGUAUGGAUCAAGUGGGCAGUAGGAUUGGGGUCGUAUUCCGGACAGGGUGCGCCGCCGAUGUUCGGUGACUAUGAGGCACAGCGGCACUGGAUGGAGCUUACAAUACACCUCCCCGUGCGCGAGUGGUACAGUUAUGACCUGCCGUACUGGGGCCUCGACUACCCUCCGCUCACGGCGUACGUGUCGUGGCUAUGUGGGAUUGUUGGAUCGUGGAUGGAUCCACAGUGGUUCGCGCUUGACGCGUCGCGUGGGCUGGAGAGCGCGACUAGCAAGGUGUACCUGCGUUCGACGGUUAUAGCAUUUGACACGCUCGUUUACGUGCCCGCGCUGCUCAUGUUCACGCAUACAUGGCAGAGAAGCCGCUCAGCUCGCACGCAGGAGUACGCGUUAUCAGUACUACUCUUGCAGCCCGCGCUGCUACUUAUCGACUUCGGCCAUUUUCAGUACAAUUCGGUCAUGCUAGGGCUGACACUUCUUGCACUGAACUGCUUCGCAAUUGGGAGAGACAUUUCCGGCGCGGUCUUCUUUGUGCUCAGCCUCGGAUUCAAGCAAAUGGCACUGUACUACGCGCCUGCAAUCGGAUCAUACCUGUUUGGCAAGUGUCUCUACCUUGGGCCUGCGCAUGGCAUCCGCCAUUUCAUGCAUCUCGCAGCCGUUACCAUCCUCACGUUCAUCCUGCUCUUCCUCCCGUUCCUUCCCCCUUUUGCACCACUAUCUUCUCUGUUGGACCCAGUCACACGUAUAUUCCCCUUCAAUCGCGGACUAUUCGAGGACAAAGUGGCAAACUUCUGGUGUGCGAGCGACGUAUUGGUUAAAUGGCGGCGGCAUCUCGGAGCGCAGGCUCUUGUGCGGCUUUCCGCUGGACUUACCGUGCUGGGGUUCUUACCCGGGGCGGUUGGGUUGAUGUACAAUGCGUGGAAACUGCGCUUGCAGUCUGGUCCUGCCGAAGAGAACAAGAGCGAGAAGGUCGAGGAAGGGGGCAGUGAUGCUCGGGACAAAGCGACGAAGCAGCCUGUGCCAAUAAUCACACUACUUCCGUAUGCAUUACUGACGUCUUCGAUGUCAUUCUUUCUGUUCUCAUUCCAAGUACAUGAGAAGACAAUUCUAUUACCGCUGCUUCCGAUCACGUUGCUGCUCUCUGUGGCGCGUGAAGGCUCGGAGACCGCGGAGAUGAGCAUGUUCGUGAGCAAUAUUGCUGUAUUCAGCAUGUGGCCCUUGUUGAAGAAGGAUGGCCUUGGGGUCCCAUAUGUUGCGCUGACGCUUUUCUGGAAUCGGUUAAUGGGUUACAACCCAUUCCGUACUCGGCCAGAAUCUCUAUUACAAUACGUUUCACUGGUCGCCCAUACAGCAUGCCUUGUCCUUCAUGUACUGGAACUGCUCAUGUCACCUCCUGCGCGGUACCCAGACCUCUUUCCGGUCCUCAACGUCGUUUUAACGACUCCUGUAUUUGUGCUGGCAUGGCUGUGGAGCAUACGACGUGGUAUUGAGAUGGGGUGGGCCUUAGGUGGUCUGGGCUCCGGCAUGAAAAAUGAGGUCAGGCCCAAAGUCAUUGAAGAGGACGCAGAAGGUGCUGUGCAAAACGGGAGCAGCAGCUCCGUCGGAGGGAUCAAGCGCGAAGCCGGUGCCCGUGCAAUCAGCUUGGGUUAUGCGCAGGGGAGGCGGAGACAUUUUUAUCGGAGCGGGAGCAUCAGCUCUGUGCUCAGCUCUGCGAGCCAACCCGGACGUGAGCGCGAGUCAAAAUAGCCAUCUAGUGCUGACGCGUAUGUUGUGUAUUUGUUGGACUCUGCUGUGUGUUCUGCUUGGAUAUUCUGUUGUGUUGCAACUGUAGUGUACCGUCCAAUGGCCAAUAGUCCGCAACUUGCUGCAUUACGGUGCGCACUGCGAGCUACUGCG